UCCCCUCCCCCGAAUCUGAACUCCGCCCCGUAUCUUCUCCUUCGCUUCGCCGUCGCGUUAGGGUUUAACAGCCAGAAAUCCCUCCCCUCCCGACUCCCUUUCCUCCGUCCGGCGCGCAAUCCAUGGACACCUUCGCCGGCCCUUUCGCGGUGGACCUCUCCAAGAAGCGCAAGAUCGAGGACGGCAACAACGGGUUCGCGCCGCCGCCGCCGGCGGGGGAGCAAGCGGACGCCGCCCUCGCGCUCGCCCCCCUCGAGGCCCGCAAGAUGGUCGAGACCUUCACCAGGGAGCAGCUCCUCGACCUCCUCCAGGACGCCCUCAUCAACCACCCCGACGUGCUCUACGCCGCCCGCGCCGUGGCCGACGGCGACGCCACGCAGCGGAAGCUGUUCGUGCGCGGCCUCGGGUGGGAGACCACCACCGAGGGGCUCCGCUCGCUGUUCUCCGUGUACGGGGAGAUCGAGGAGGCCGUCGUGGUCCUCGACAAGGCCACGGGCAAGAGCAAGGGUUAUGGGUUCGUCACGUUUAAGCACGUGGACGGCGCGCUCCGUGCUCUGCGGGAGCCGAGCAAGAAGAUUGAUGGCCGUGUCGCGGUUACCCAGCUCGCCGCCGCCGGUAAUUCCGGGUCGAAUUCGAAUCCCGUGGAUGUAUCCAAUAGGAAGAUUUAUGUAGGUAAUGUGCCGAAUGAUAUGCCCUCGGAUAAGCUUUUGUCUCAUUUCUCUGUGUAUGGUGAGAUUGAGGAGGGCCCACUGGGGUUUGAUAAGCUCACUGGGAAGUCGAGGGGGUUCGCUCUGUUUGUCUACAAGACGAUGGAGGGAGCCCAGGCUGCGUUGGUGGAACCGGUGAAGACGAUUGAUGGUAGACAGUUAAACUGUAAAUUGGCGAUUGAUGGGAAGAAGAAACCUGGCGGGGGGCCUAUGGGAGGUCCUGGUGCACCUGGUGGGCAUGGGGAUCGCCCAGUUGAUGGAAUGGGAAUGGGUGGUGUACCUUCCUAUCCGGGGUCUGUUCCGGGUCAGUAUGGUCCGAGUUCAGUUGGAGGUUAUGGUGGGUAUUCAGGUCAACCAUCGGUGGGUCUGAUGAAUUCGGCUUCGAUGGGUGGCCCUAAUGCGACUUCUAUGACGAAUCAGCCUCCUUCAUCCCUCAGCGGCGUUGGUGGUUAUGGUACUGGACUAGGUGGUCCAUAUAGUGGUUAUGGUGGGCAUGGGUCUGCAGGCUAUGGAGGGAUGGGUGGUUCUCUUGGCGGACUUGGGUCUGCUGGGGCUUUUGGUGGCGGAGGUUUGGGUGGUGCUGCUGGUGGACUAGGUGGUGUGGCUUCAGGUUUUGGAGGUGCUGCCACCGGAUCAUCUCUGUAUCGGCCUUCAGGUGGGUAUCCAGAAGGGGGGAACUAUGGAUUGUCAUCAUCAUCUGCUUAUCCAAGUCAGACUCAGCCACCAACGGGAACCUCUCCUGUGCCAAGGGUUCCCCAGGGAGGAAUAUAUCCCCCUCCUUAUUAUUAAGGUGUAUGACAGCUUGUUGGGGCAGAUGCUAUUAUCAUUCAAGUGAUUGACUGAAUGCAAACAAUAUUUCUCUGGUUUGAUGAAUGCAUUAGCUGUGCUUUUGCGGGCUCUUCUUGACUCAUCUUCUCCUUAAUGAUGUGGAUCUGACCCCUGUUAGCUAAAGCAUCUUCAGAUUAGAUUUGAUAUUUUGGAAGCUUCUGUAAUAUCUGAGCUCUUUCCUUGAAUGUAGGCGUUUACUAGCAGAAGUGUUGAUGUUUAGUGAAAGGUUUUUUGUACUCAUUUUCAUGAUUGCUGCCUUUACAAUUAUAUACCCCGUAUGGAUUUUGGAAUCGUUUUUUAUUGGUGAUGGUUGCAAGGAUGUUAUUUGGUUUGCUUA